UAAAUUCAUAAUGCUAAGCUUCUUCUCCAUCAUGUCAUGUCAAUGAUGAGAUUGUACCUUGCUUCCUACUGAUCAUAUACUGCAACUGGUUAGGUUAUCUACAAAUAAAGAGAAAGAUGAGGAAGGUUUGGCUGAGCAGUGGAGACUUCGAGCUCUACCAUCAGGACAUUAACCCAGUAGAGUAUGACUUCUUCAGAACCCACGUCGGCACGUUUAAGCGAAUGUGGCAAGAACAGACUCGUGAUUUCUGGGACGUUUUUGUGAAACUAUUCGAUCACUUUCUAUGGCAAUACGGGAUAAUGAGGGACUUCCCCAUGACGAUGGAGGAGACUGGUUCGCAUAUUGAUGGGAUUGUAUCAUAUUUACGACACAACUUUGUUGAGGGCAAAGCAUCGACUGCCAAGGCUCUCAUCCUCGACUGUGUAGUGGUCGCUCAGAACAGAAACUGUAUUAUUCUAUUGGACAAAGGAUCCUUCUCACAAAACCCGUUCUACAUGAAGGAGACAAGGGAGAUAUUCAGAAAACUGUUUGGAGAACCCGACGACCAAAAAACUUAUUUAAAGCUAUUAUGUGGUCUGCAAGUAUAUAUAAAGUUCGCCGGGUCAGUGGUCAUGAUGUUACGACGAUGGCUAGAAGCUGAUGAGAUAGACUCAGACGAUGAUCAAGGUCAGGCAGACUAUCUCUCUGUCAUCUUGCGUAGGAGGGUGGAGCCUCGAGGGGGCGUGGCCGAGCGCAGGUGGGGGGAGAAGGAGGUCAAGAAGAUGAUGGGGGAACCCCAACAAUCAGGGAUAUCAGAUGACAAAGCUUUGAGCAAACUGGCUCAUGAUAAAAUUAUUGGCCAUUACGAUGACGGAGGAAAGAAAAGGAAGAAGAAGAAGAAAACUAAAUCUCCGUCUGGAAGCAAAACUGAACUAGUGGAAAUAACGCCCAUUCAUACAGAGACCACACCUAUUCACAAAGAGACCACACCCACUCACACAGAGACCCCACCCACUUACAAGGAAGCUGUUAAUAAACUGUCGACUAAUGAUUCUACUCCAUACCAAAUUCCUAAACUAGUGGAGGCAAUAAAGACUAACAAAGAACCGGUGGAGGCAAUAAAGACUAAAAAGGAACCAGUGGAGGCAAUAAAGACUAAAACGGAACCAGUGGAGGUAAUAAUGACUAAAAAAGAACUACUGGAGGCAAUAAAGACUAAAAAGGAACUACUGGAGGCAAUAAAGAGAAAAGCGGAAGAAAAGCCGCUAAAAGAUGCUAAUAAAGACUCACCAGUCACACAAACACAUUCUGAAUCAGUGGAUCAGAAAAUGUUAGACUCGAUCAAUCGUCGUCAUGACGAUAUAUUGCACAGACUAUUAGUACAGGAUAAUGACAUUGGUCAUGUGACUACUAAGAAAUUAGAAGUGUUGGAUCAUGUGAUCCCUCCUGAUGCUACGUCACACACAGAUACACUGAACAUUGACAAGGGUGGUGGUGCAGAGAUAGCAAAGAACGACACAAUCAUAUCUACAGAUGUGUCUCCGCUACUAGAGGUCAAAGGUGAUAUAGAGGGGGGUGGGCGUAAGAGGUUACACAUGUGCCACUAUUGUGGAGUGGAGGAGACCGUGGCCAAGAGCUACAAGAGAUGUGUCAAGUGUCGUGGUUGCCCCAAUCCUUGCUAUUAUUGCAGCAAAGAGUGCCAAGUGAAACACUGGAAGACUCACAGACUAGACCACAGAGCUGACGUAACAGGAUAGGACCGUCAGCACAUCUGAAUAGCACAGUCAGCACAUCUGAACUUUUGUAUAAUAACUACAGAGCAAAAUAACUUUGCAUUUACUGUAUACUGCAAAUUAAAUUAUUGCCAAUCUUUUUAUAUACCAUGCAUGCAGCUAUAAUUCUUUAAUAAUGGCUAUGAUUAUACCUUAAUGGUAAUUAGCAUUCACGCCUAAUAAUUAUUUGCGGCUCUCA